AUGCUCCAGAAGGUUCUACUACGACCCAUGACCAGCGUUCCAUGCGCACACGAAUCCACCAUUUCGUACCGAUUCCCAUCGUCGUCUGGGAGUCCAUCCCCUCCCCCCAUCGUACCAUCGUCGCCCGAUCUGGCGCAUCAAAACCAACCCGGGCCCUCCGACCCCUACCUCGCCCUCCCACCGCCUGAAGACGAGAUCCCCGACCUCGACGAACUGCCCUCCGAACAACCACCCUCGCCUCCACCUCACACGCCUGCCCCUACCAUGUCAGGGCAUCACCGCAUCACCCUCGCCGCCAACCCCCCCUACUUCGAUGGCGACAAGUCCAAAUACCUGGGCUUUGUGGACGCGUGCACCACUUACAUCGGUGCCUAUCGAUCGGAGUUCUCACAAGAUGAGACCAAAAUCCUCUUUGUCCUCUCCUACCUCCGUAACGAGAACGGCACGAGCUGCGCUGCCUCGAGAUGGGCGAUGAACUGGAAGCAGCACAACUUCGAUGGCUUCCAGGGACUGAAGGCAGGAGUCACAUCAAAGAACUUCCUGGAGGAGUUUCAGAGGGCGUUCGGGGACUCCAAUGCGGAACAAGUCGCCGCUGCUCGGCUUAUGGCCCUGCGUCAAAACAAACGAUCCUUCGCGGACUACAUCUCCGACUUUGAGAUGUUGGCCGCGGAUGCAGGCUACAAUGUGGUUGACACCACCGACGACAAAGGCGAAUACAAGAAGGGGGACCAGGAUAAUAUCCUCAUCGAGUUCCUGGAGCGCGGACUCAGCAGCGAGAUCGCCAGCCGUCUCUACAACACCGGUGUCCCUCUGCCCAAGGCCUAUGGAGCGUUCAAAGCCUGGUGCAUCAACAUCGAAGCCAAUGCUCUGCGUGACCAGCUGCGCAAAGCGUCGUAUGGGCACCCCACACAACGACCACCUCCCCAGUUCCGUCCCCAAACGGCACCAGUGGCGCCCACACCCGCUCCGGCCCGACCCGCUGCCAACGAACCGGUUCCGAUGGAAAUUGAUCGUACCCACGCCCGCGGCCGCAAUAUCAUCUGCUACAACUGUCAGCAGCCCGGGCACAUUGCGCGGAACUGCCCGGAGCCCAAGAAGAAGCGCACGUUCUUCAAUCGGGCCACAAUGCUGGAAGAAAUCGAGAACGGGGACAAGGACAACGAGUUCCUGAAGGAGAUUGCCGAGAAGCUGCGCGAGAAGGGUUUUUGA